UUGAUUUUGAAGAAUUCAUGGACGGUGCGCAUGCGCAUUCGAAACAGAUGAUGAACAUAUGUUGUUUGUCGAUGCAUAUUCAUAUUGCAUAUUGUUGAUUGUUGCAUAUUAUUCGCCGCUAUCGCUGUCGACUCGUACCGCAUAGAUAGAAAUUAGAAAUAGAAUUAAAGAAGGACACCGGAAGGGCACACACGUGUUGUUAGUGAAAUUGAAAUAAGAUGUGAUGUCAUUUCAAGAUGGAAGCAAACGUGAAUCGUCUUCUAGAAGAAAUAAAGUCUUCAACGAGUCAGAUACAACUCCCAGAAGGCACCGGUAACAGUGAAAAAGACAUAAUCCGCGUUAUUUCGCUAUGUGUUCAAUCUCUUACCGAAGAUUCGAGAUACAACGACAAGUGGUUCACGUUAAUCGAUAGUGUAAUUGAUCGAUUAUGGGAGAAACUGAACACCGGAAAAUGGCAAGAUGUUUUCGAAAGUCACCGACACCUGUAUGCAUUCGCCUCCUACAUAAAGACCGGUAUCAUUCUAAGAAGAGUUAACGAUCAAUCCGAUUCCUCGAAAAUUUCGAGCAUUCUGACCGAUGCUAUCAAAGCCACCGAUAUGGGUCUAUUGAUGGGUAGUUCGAUGCGUAAAGAAUUAUCUCACGUGGCUAAUGAAUUAUGUCGAUUGAUUCAUUCGGUUUCAGAUUAUCAAGACUGUCCGGAAACGAACUCGUUUCCGAAAGCAGAUAAUACCGAAGUUGAACUAAGAGGCGAAGCAAUUCCGGUCGUUGUUUGUCCUUCGAUAGAGUCGUUUUCUAAAAACUAUUUCAAUCCUCGUAAACCAGUUAAAUUGAAAGGUUGUAUAGAACAUUGGCCAGCGUUACAGAAAUGGUCUAAUGUGAAGUAUAUUCUCGAAAAAAUCGGACCCAGAACUGUACCAGUUGAAAUCGGUAGCAGCUACACUUCUUCCGAAUGGUCUCAAAAGCUGAUGACCGUACGUUCGUUCAUCGAAACAUACAUGCUCAAAAAUAAUACCCCAGUCGGAUAUAUUGCUCAACAUCAGCUCUUCAAUCAAAUCGUAGAAUUACUCGAUGAUAUUCGCGAACCGGAGUACUGCUGUUUAUCCGACACUUACGAAAAAAGCAGCGACGGUGUCGAUGUAAAUGCUUGGUUUGGUCCCGCUCAUACGGUUUCACCGAUGCAUUACGAUCCCAAACAUAAUCUACUAACGCAGAUCGUCGGAUCUAAAGCUAUUCUACUGGCGGAUCCGAAAUACAACGAUGAUAUUUAUCCUUACGAAGAUGCUUUAUUGUUCAAUACGUCUCAGGUUGAUCCUGAGCAUCCGGACUUCGAUCAGUUUCCCAAAUUUAAAGAUGUUCAAUUGAUGCAAUGUGUUUUAGAACCAGGUGAUAUGCUUUACAUACCUCCAAAAUGGUGGCACCAUGUACGUUCGUUGAGUGCGAGCUUCUCAGUAAGCUUUUGGUGGAAGUAAUGUACUAAAGUUGACGGAAUGGAAUUGUUUAUCUCACGUUGUGGAGUCGCGACUCUCUAGAAGAGAAAAAUAUCUUCAUACCGUCGAAAUGACAGGAAGAAAAUCUCGAUCGAUAUUUUUCAAUUCUAUUGUAAAAAAUUCGGUUUCACUUCGCCAUAACUUGAACUACUAGUACUUAACUACGAAUGUUGACACGAUUUUGAGCAGUUGCAUUUUCGACGGUACUACAGCGUUUCAUUCUGGGUGAAUUUAGCUCUAAUUCAA